GGCCCAUGGACGGGGCUGGCCAUGAGUUCCUGCCCCGAAGAGCAGUUCUGGGACCCCCUGCUGAACACCUGUGUCUCCUGCAAACCCAUGUGCAGCCACCGGAGCCAGCGCACCUGUGCGGCCUUCUGCAAGUCGCUCAGCUGCCACAAGGAGCCAGGCAGAUACUACGACCCCCUGCUGCGGGACUGCGUCAGCUGCGUCUCCGUCUGCGGCCAGCACCCCAAGCCGUGCGCCCACUUCUGUGAGGGCCGGUUCCCGGGCCGAGGGGGCCUCUCGCCCGAGCUCAGGCGGCAGCAGGGUGGGGAGUCGGAGGCCAGGGCGGACAGCACAGGAAGGUACCAGGGAUCGGAGCACAGAGGCUUGGAGGCCGCUCCAGGUAAGCCGCUGCUGCUGAGCGCGCACCAGCUGGCCCUGGUCUACAGCACGCUGGGGGUCUGCCUGUGCGCCAUCAUCUGCUGCUUCUUGGUGGCCGUGGCCUGCUUCCUCAAGAGGAGGGGCGACCAGGCUUCCUGCCAGCCCGCGGCAGGGAGACCCCGGGCCAAGCCCUCCCAAGAUCCCGCGAUGGAAGCCGGCCCCGCAACGUGCGCGCCGCCCGGCCCGGUGGAGACCUGCAGCUUCUGUUUCCCCGAGCGCAGGGCGCCCACCCAGGAGAGCGCAGCCACGCCCGAGACGCCCCGGCCCGCGGUCGCUGAGAGCCUGGGGCGCUGCCCCGGGACCGCAGCCCCGCGGUCGUGCGCGCGCGCCCCGGACGGCGGCCUCGGCCCGCUGUGCGCGCCCGCCCAGGAGGGGAGCCUGGGCGUUUGA